CUCCCCUCUCCCCCGCACCUCUGAAAAUCCGAUCGAGACGAAUCGAGAGAGGCGCCACGGAUCCGAGGAGCAGGUUGAAAGCUCCAGUAAUUCAUCUGGUCAGCACAAGAUGUCAUUGCACAUUGGGCGACUCAGUCCAGAUGUGCAUCAAGUAUAUCUUGAACAUCUUUUCCAGAGGUUUGGAAAUUGCACAGUGAAGUUGAAAGAUGGAUAUGGAUUUGUGGUGUUUGAUUCAAAUGGUGAUGCAGCUCGGGCCAUGCAGGCAUUGCAGGGGAAAUAUGUUUGUGGGGAGCGCAUUACUGUUAAUUGGUCAAAACAACAGCCUAGAUUUUCGAAGGAUUUCAAAAGUUCAAGAAUUGUUGAGUCAUCUCCCAAUAGAGCAACCAGAGACAGUAAUUUUAGGUUCAGGGAUUCAAUACCUAGGAAGAAUCACCCUGCAAGUCAUGAUCAGGGACAUAGCCCUAAUGUUGCACCAGAAAAGAAAUCAUUUGAUGGUGCACUGGAAAAUAAAUCAUCUGAUGGUGCACCUGAAAAGAAAUCAUCUGAUGGUGCACCGAAAAAGAAAUCAUCUGAUGGUACACUGGAAAAGAAAUCUAAUGAUGAUAUCGAGGUUUUAAAGGAUGCAAGGGAAAUUGUUGGUGAAGAUCCAGUGGGGAUGAAGAGGAAUGAAGAUGAUAUAAGUGGUGCAAAUUUAAUUGAACAUGAUAGAUGGGAGGAAACUGGAAAAGGAAAUCCUGAUUUUCACCGUUAUGAACCUUAUCAUGGCUAUGUCAGGCAAGAAGAAUCAGAAGAGGUUGUGAGAGGUAGUUCUCAUCCUGGUGAGCGUUACAUGAACCAUUAUGAAUUAAAAUAUCCCCCGGCCUGCUAUAAUCGUGUUACUGCUGGCCAUACUGCUCGUGAUUACCCUCAGAAAACAGAUAGCAGACUCGAAGCAUGGAGAGAUGCAUUGAUUAGGCAAGAAAAAAAGAUGGUGAGGCUGAGAAGAUCUAGGUCAUCCUCAAGGGGGCAACCAGAUACUCCUGAUUGCCCCCAGAAAACAGAUGGCAGAUUCGAAGCAUGGAGAGAUGCAUUGAUUAGGGAAGAAAAUAAGAUGGUGAGGCUGAGAAGUUCUAGGUCUCCCUCAAGGAAGCAACCAGAUACUCCUGAUUGCCCUGACAGAACAGAUGGCAGAUUUGAGGCAUCGAGAGAUGCAUUGAGUAGGCAAGAAAAAGAGAUAGUUAUGCCAAGAAGAUUUGGGUCUCACUCAAGGAAGCAGUCAGAAUUGCAUGUUGAUAUGGUGGUAGAAACACGUUGUAUGAUACAAGAUGGCAGGAAACAUUUUUCUGAUAGGACUAGCCACGCUCACAGGUUGAGUAAUGUUUCUAGAGUGGACAAAAGUCGUACUGAUCGCAGUGAAGGUAUACCACAGACCCCCAAUGCGUCACGCAAGAGAAGCAGGUGUAAAAGAUCACGCGGGUCAUCCCUCUCUCCCGACAGGACUACCUCAUAUUCAACAUCUAGAUGUUCCUGUUCUCCUUAUUCUCAUUCAAGAGAACAUUCCCCAUCUCAUUCUGCACAUUCUAGUUCAAAAUCAUUUCAGCCAACUCAACCUGAAGGUUUAAAAUCAAUGGCAGUAUCGAAUGCCAGUUAUCCUGGUCCAUUGCUGGUAUCUAGUAAAAAUGCUAAUCUGGAUGGUUACACAGAGACCAACUUGAAUAAGAACUUGGUUUGUGAUGACAAUGUUGCUAAGGGAGUGCAAGUUCAGAAGACCAAUUCUGAGUAUGCUUCAUCAGUGAAGUCAAACAAGGAUACUCUGGCAAAAAAUGAGAAGAGCAAUUCUUUGAAGCUAACAGCUAAUGAAGUGGUCUCUGCUCUUAAGCACUGUGGAAUGGAAGCACGUGGUACAGAUUUAUUGAAUCAACCUGUGGAGAAGUACUUUGGUGCUGCACGCAUGUGGCCAUGGGAAGUCAUUUAUUAUCGGAGGUUUAAAAAAGGUCCAAUUUCCACAGAGAACUAUGCUAAGAGACUUGAGCAGAACAAAGAAUAUGGUAUUGUGGAUCAGUAUGUUAGAAGCAGCAGUGGUUGGUGGGAAUACCAUUAGAAUGCCAGACUGGUAGUAUAGAUGUGACUGAAGCUUUGCAUGUAUGCUGUGACAUUUGCAUUUUUUGAGGAUGACAAGGUUUGCCUUGUAAUUUUGAUGACUUUGCUUAUAUCCCUUUAUCGAUCAGUCCAUUCCUAGAGCUCCAUCAAUGUGAGAAGGCCCUUAACUAUGAGAAUUAUUAAGUAAUAGGUGCUUUCAUCAAUAUAAUUUUGUUGAGUAAGUUUAUACCUACAGUAGGUUAUUCUGCCACCAUAUUAUGCUGUUGCCUGGUCAAUAUAUUUUGAGCUGUAAUGUUUCAAGUUUUCAACACCUCAUCCUACUUAGCUACUUUGGAUGGCUAACAGGUAAAAAGAUUGCUUAUUUUACACAUUAUGUUUUGAAGAAAUGAAACUAGUCUCAUGUUUAGCAAUUCUAUUGAACAAAGGUUGUCUCCACGGUUAUGAUUUCCUUAAUACAACUAAUGUUCUUUUCCUUUUUGGUAAUCAUUAACUUUAAGACCUGCUAAUUGGUGCUGAAAUACUACAGCGAUGCCACUUCGUGAUAGUUUCAUGUGCAAGUUUUGCUCCUCCAGGUUACAAUCCUUUGGGUAGGCUAUACCAAGUAAUGCAAGCCUUUGUUUCCCAUGUUGAGUCGUCACCGUUAUUUUCAUGGAGCUGAAUAGGCGACUGAAGCUUCUUUGGUAACUGGCUUACUGUUACUUUUACGUAGCUGGGCUGUGAGGAUUUUGUCAUUUUGACUGGACACAUGAAUUCCAUAAUACCAGUAUCUUACUUGUAUCAUACCAUAUGUCAGUCAUGCUGUUGCUUUGGUCU